UCACCAUCAUCAUCCACUGAUUCACAAUCUCAAAAUUCACUACGAAGUAGAAGAAGAAGAAGAUGCGAUCUUCGUUUAUAGUCUCGAAUCCUCCGUUUCUUCCUUCUCUAAUCCCUCGUUACAGUUCCAGAAGCUCCUUCAGACGCAGCAGAGAACGACGCUUCUCCUCCUUCGCUGAUUCUCUUCGUGUUUCUCUUCAUGGAAUCGGAAGAAACAUCGAGGUCGUCGCUCAAGGAGUUCAAUUCGAUGGUCCGAUUAUGAGUAGAGAUGAUGCUUUAGAGGUGAAUUUGGAUGAUGAUUUAAUGGUUCAAGUGUGUGUGACUCGUACCUUGCCUCCAGCUUUGACUCUUGAGCUUGGUCUCGAGAGUCUCAAGGAAGCUGUUGACGAAUUGAAGACUAAUCCUCCUAAGUCAUCUUGUGGCGUCUUGCGAUUUCAAGUGGCUGUGCCUCCAAGGGCAAAAGCUUUGUUCUGGUUUUGCUCUCAACCGACGUCUUCUGGUGUGUUUCCUGUGUUUUUCCUCUCCAAGGAAACCUCUGAGCCUUCUUAUAAAUCACUCUAUGUAAAGGAACCUCAUGGGGUUUUUGGGAUUGGGAAUGCAUUCUCUUUCGUUCAUCCGUCUUCAUUCGACUCCAAUGGACAUAGCAUGAGGAAAACAUUCCUCUCAGAUGAAUCAGCUAUGGUGACGGCCUAUGGAUCUUUAGAUAUUGAUUUCAACGAGCACUCUACUGUAAAUAGCAAGGAUGGCUCUUCUUACUUUUUCGUUCCUCAGAUUGAGUUAGAUGAGCGUGAGGAGAUCUCUAUAUUAGCAGUUACACUGGCAUGGAAUGAUUCUCUCUCUUACAGUUUCGAGCAAACGAUUUGUUCAUAUGAGAAAUCCUUUUUUCAGGUUUCUUGUCAUUUCUCCCCAAAUUUAGAGGAGCAUUGGUUCAAACAUUUAAAAAGUUCUCUUGCAAAGUUUAGUGCAAAAGAGAUACAUCCAAUUGAGAUGGAGCAUAUGAGGUUUUUCACAUUUUCUGAGAUAGAUCAGGCUGACGCCAAGGAACUGAAAAAUAUCCGCUCGUCAUGUCAGUUCCAUUGCAGGCUUUCACCUGGCGUUUUUUUCUCUAACAACAUGCUGAAUCCGGAGGCUGAAGUGAGUAGCUUCUUGAAAGAUGAGGCUAACAUCAAUGCUGUCUGGGCGUCAGCUAUAAUUGAAGAAUGCACUCGUCUUGGUUUGACGUAUUUUUGUGUAGCUCCUGGAUCGAGGUCUUCCCAUCUUGCAAUUGCUGCUGCCAACCAUCCCCUUACAACGUGUCUUGCAUGCUAUGAUGAAAGAUCUCUUGCCUUUCACGCUAUUGGUUAUGCUAAAGGAUCCCUCAAACCAGCAGUCAUUAUAACAUCAUCAGGAACUGCCGUUUCAAAUCUUCUUCCAGCGGUGGUUGAAGCCAGUGAGGAUUUUAUACCACUGCUACUACUUACUGCAGAUCGUCCUCCUGAACUCCAGGGUGUUGGCGCGAAUCAAGCAAUUAAUCAAGUAAACCACUUCGGUUCGUUUGUCAGAUUCUUCUUCAAUCUUCCUCCUCCAACUGAUCUUAUUCCAGUCCGGAUGGUCCUUACUACUAUAGACUCUGCUAUACAUUGGGCAACUGGUUCUGCUUGUGGACCAGUACAUCUCAAUUGUCCUUUUAGAGAUCCACUUGAUGGUAGUCCAACAAAUUGGUCAUCAGACUGCUUAAAUGGAUUAGACAUGUGGAUGUCUAAUGCUGAACCAUUCACAAAAUAUAUUCAGUUGCAAAGCCUUGAAAGCAAUGGUAUAACAACUGGCCAGAUUAAUGAGGUUUUACAAGUAAUCAAAGAGGCUAAGAAGGGUCUCUUUCUAAUUGGUGCAAUCCAUUCGGAGGAUGAAAUUUGGGCUUCGCUUCUGUUGGCUAAAGAGCUGAUGUGGCCUGUAGUUGCAGAUGUCUUGUCUGGCGUACGGCUGCGCAAGCUUUUUAAACCUUUUCUUGAGAAGUGGUCCCCUGCUUUUGUUGAUCAUUUUGAUCUUGCCCUGCUUUCAGAUUCUGUUAGGGAUUUGAUGGAGUUUGAUGUUGUUAUCCAGGUUGGAAGUCGGAUAACAAGUAAAAGAGUUUCUCAGGUGCUAACGAAAUGCUUUCCGUUUGCAUACAUUUUGGUUGAUAAGCAUCCAUGCCGACAUGACCCAUCACACCUGGUCACUCACAGGGUCCAAAGCAACAUUGUUCAGUUUGCUGAUUGUGUGCUUAAAUCUCGAUUUCCAUGGAGGAGAAGCAAGUUGCAUGGUCAUCUACAGGCAUUGGAUGGCGCUAUUGCCCGGGAAAUGUCAUUUCAAAUAUCUGCUGAAGACUCCCUGACCGAACCUUACGUUGCACAUAUGCUUUCUAAAGCACUAACUUCCAAAUCUGCUCUUUUCAUCGGGAAUAGCAUGCCAAUAAGGGAUGUGGAUAUGUAUGGAUGUAGUUCAGAAAAUUAUUCUCAUGUGGUAGAUAUGAUGGUGAGUGCAGAACUACCAUGCCAAUGGAUACAAGUAACUGGAAAUAGAGGAGCUAGUGGCAUUGAUGGGUUGCUCAGCUCGGCCACUGGCUUUGCUGUUGGAUGCAAGAAGAGAGUGGUCUGUGUGGUGGGGGACAUCUCUUUCCUUCAUGAUACAAAUGGAUUGGCGAUUUUGAAACAGAGGAUUUCAAGGAAACCAAUGACAAUUCUUGUGAUAAACAACCGUGGUGGUGGAAUCUUCCGACUUCUUCCUAUUGCAAAGAGAACAGAGCCUAGCGUGUUGAACCAGUAUUUCUAUACAUCACAUGACAUUUCCAUUGAAAACUUGAGUUUGGCACAUGGUGUGAGGUAUGUACACGUUGGGACGAAAAGUGAACUUGAGGAUGCUCUAUUUGUACCCAGCGUGGAAGAGAUGGAUUGCAUUGUGGAGGUUGAAAGCUCUAUAAACGCUAACGCAAUCGUUCAUAGCACUUUGGAAAGGUUUGCACGCCAAGCUGCAGAAAAUGCGCUGGGCAUUAUCUCGGCCAGUUCUCUUUGUCAUCCGAUGAUUGGAAAUGUACUUGUUUGCCAAGUCUCUGGAAUACAAUAUUCGCAGUACAGAGUCAAACUGUGUGACAGACCUACCAUAUGUUCUGAUGAGUUCUCUCAGUUCCAUCGAGAAGGGUUCAUACUCUCCUUGACUUUGGAGGAUGGGAGUAUUGGCUAUGGAGAGGUUGCACCUCUAGACAGUAAUGUAGAGAACUUAAUGGAUGUUGAGGGGCAGCUUCAGUUAGUUCUUCACCUCAUGGAUGGAGCUAAAUUUUCUUACAUGCUUCCUUUGUUAAAUGGCUCAGUUUCUUCCUGGAUUUGGAGUGAACUUGGAAUUAAUGCAUCAUCGAUUUUCCCGAGUGUCAGAUGUGGUCUUGAAAUGGCUCUUCUAAAUGCAAUGGCAGUAAGACAUGAUUCUAGUUUGUUGGGGAUACUUCAUUAUCAGAAAGAAGAAAAUGGUUCUGCUCAACCACACUCUGUUCAGAUAUGUGCCCUUCUUGAUUCUGAAGGUACUCCAUUGGAGGUCGCAUACGUUGCUAGAAAACUUGUUGAAGAAGGGUUCAGUGCUAUUAAACUUAAAGUUGGUCGUCGAGUAAACUCUGUUCAAGAUGCUUUAGUUAUGCAAGAAGUAAGGAGAGCCGUUGGUGACCAAACUGAACUCCGUGCAGACGCAAAUUGUCGCUGGACUUUUGAAGAGGCUACAAAGUUUGGUUUAUUAGUGAAAAGCUGUAAUUUAAAAUAUAUUGAGGAACCUGUCCAGAAUAAAGAUGACCUUAUCAGGUUUCAUGAAGAAACUGGAUUACCAGUGGCACUUGAUGAGACUCUUGAUGAUUUUGAGGAAUGUCCUCUACGUAUGCUUAGCAGAUAUGUCCAUCCUGGAAUAGUUGCUGUUGUUAUUAAACCAAGUGUUGUGGGAGGGUUUGAGAAUGCAGCACUGAUUGCUCGGUGGGCACAGCAGCAUGGAAAGAUGGCUGUUAUAAGUGCCGCAUACGAAAGUGGCCUAGGUUUAUCAGCAUAUAUUUUAUUUGCAUCAUAUUUGGAGAUGGAGAAUGUCAAAGCUUCCACAGAGCAGAAGCAAGGAACGACACCUUUUGUAGCCCAUGGUCUUGGAACUUACCGAUGGCUUAGUGAAGAUGUAAUGAUGAAUACUUUAGGAAUAUUCCGUAACCCUAACAGUGGAUUUAUCGAAGGAUCUGCUGCUGAUAAAAAGCAGGCCAAUCAUCAGGGAACUGCAACAUCGCCACUAAUUCAGCACAAUCCGUCUCGAAACUCUGACAUUGAGUGCCCGUCGCCAAUAUGGAUGCCAUCGCCCAAAUCAACGCCUGAAGCUCCGAAUGUAGAGGUGAUGGUCCGCGUCGCUGACUUCGUGCUCCCAUUAAUAACGUUCUAUCUUCAUUAUUACAUAACCACCAACUUAACCCUUUCAAAGGAUCUGAAGCCUUCCAAGAUCCAUCGACCUGACACCGGAGACCAGGGAGCCGAAUCUCCAAGGGUAAAGGAUCUAAAGGAAUCGAAGUGA